AUGCCGAUGGCCCCUACCGGUGCUGCUGCGGACACGAUCGGCGGGAACACGUAUCACACGUCACUGGGCAUCUCCAUCAACCGCCUGCAAAAGAAUGCAACGGGGUCCCGUGUGCGAAGAAUUUUGGAACCCAAGACCAUCAUGUUCAUUGACGAAAUGAGCAUGAUGGACCUGACGAUGCUCAGUGUCGUUAACAACCAUUGCAUGCUUGCCCGCUCAUUGGGCAGUCAGUGUAUCUCGGUCACGGCCUCUAGCGCCUGCAAGCAGAACUGUUCUACGGCCUCCCGCACCUGCUUCGCUACCACGUCUGACCCCGCCUCUCUCGUCCAAUAUCUCAAACAAUUCGCUUCAUGCAGUUUCUCCACUAAUUACCAGAACAGAGCCGAGAACACAAAGAGUGAUGCGUCCUGCGGGUCCUCUGCCGCUAUCUCCCUUACAGACGCCACCGGGUCUCACAACUAUCCCCAGUCGCCGGAGAGAAAAGAUGCAAUCGUUACAAGCAGCCGCCAAAAGACAAAGAACGUUAGAGUUGGCGACAUCGCGGGACAAUUUAAUUCGAGCGCUGUGCUUCCUGCGCGACGAGUUGGAGGUUCGCGCCCUCGCCUCUGA